CUGAAGAGGCGCGAACUGGGAUCACUGAUACUACCACCACUACCACCACCAUCUUGAAUCCGGAACCACCAACGAAUCUACCUCCCAAGAAAUCUACUACUACUACUACUACUAUAUCUACGAGUCAACUACGUCAACUACACCUGUCGAGCUAUAUUCUACAGUUUACCUUCCACCUGAGGCACUGACGUCAAGUUGAAGUGUCUUUGAAGUGAGGGGAAAAGUUGGGUCAAGCACAGCGAACCUCAGUGACAGGAUGGCCAGAUACACUACAGGGUACCUGUUGAGUCUGGUGGUUCUGGUGGGCGUGCGGGCGUCACUGGCACUCUCCGGCCUCCCGCCCACGCCCGCUGAUCCACUUCCUCACCACGCCCGUCAUACACGCCAGCUCCACCGUCUACUCGACCCCUUCGGUCUCUUGGGAAAGGCCGGGGAGGCGGUGAACGGGGCGGUACAAGGUGUGCAGGGAGCCGUCGAGGGUCUGGGCAAGACGCUAGACCAAGGCGCCCAACACGUGAGCAAGAUGUUCGAGGACGGAGCUAGUUCCUUCGACUCUGUCUUCCAAAAUCGCAUGGGACAGGUACAUGCAGGUCUAGAGGAGGCGGGGAAGGUGGCGACCAUCGUGAGUGAGGACCUUGUGGACUCGGUUUCCUCUCUGGUCUCCAACCACCUGCAGGGCCCCACCGAGGACCAGAUGAUGAGGAGGGAAGGCAUGGUGGACGGCUUCCUCAGGAUGGUGGGCAUCGACCCCUCCCAAAUGGGACUCAUGGUCCUGAAUGUUCUCAUCUUCCUGGCCGAGAUGAUCACCUCCUCGCUCGUCGGUGACAACAAUGAUGAUAUCGCAGAGACGAGAGCUGGAGAGUCGUCUAUGUUGUCUUGGAUACUACGCCGCAACCCCUUCAAGAUUGACGCCAUGCUGAGUGAGGCACAGGACCCUGAGCUGCCCCGCACCAUCAUCGAGAAGCUAGUGGAGACAACGGGUGACGACACCGCCUGCCUGCAGCUCCUCGUGUGUAAGAUGUCGCCUGUGGUGUGGGGGGUACAACGCUCCGUGAAGCAGUCAGCCCAGGCCAGAGCCAUGGAUCAGGACGCACCCGACCAAGGACUCUUCCAGACGCUGUACUCCUCGCUGCCGGAGCUCGACGAUUUCAUGGAGUUCUCAGCAUCGUGUGAGCACCAGUUCCCAGCCUGUCCUCUACUCAACCUGUCCCAGUUCGGCUUCUGAGUCUUCCCCCAACCUCAGAUUUCCAUAAUUCAGCCUUAGAAGUUUUUACAAUCCUGAUAUCCGCACUUCCUCGAGUCGACCUCAGAUUGUAUACAUAGUGGAAGCUUCGGUGGGUCUCUCUCUCUCAGACUACUGGUAUUGAGUCCCUCAUCUAACACUGCCCCAAGCUCUGUCUCCUCUUAUACCGCUGACCACCACCACCACCACCACAGUCACCAGUCACACAAAAUCCACUCAUUACCACACACUCACUCACCCUCCGACCACCGUCUCACCGUCAUCGACUACUAUAGAUAUUUCAAGUGUUCUGGAAUCCCUAAACUGCAACAGAGGAUAAAAUUCCUCUGUGAUAAGAUAGACCCGAGGCGAUAUUACAGGUUUAUUAAGAUCUCAGGGUAUUAUCACAGGACCAAAAGCACUUGAGAUAAUUAAUAAUAUCUACAGUUGGUGAAAGAAAAUUGUGGUGAUUUUAUAAACGGUUGAGAGGGUCGAUUUUUGGAGGGUAGGGGGUCAACUAGGUCAUUACUCUAUGGCUCAAUAUGCAUCAAGGAGAAUAAUAUAAGUAUUGCAAUGUUGCUAUACAGGCACUGAAAAAUCCAUAGAGCUAAUGUUAUAUUUGUCAGCACAGCGAGAUGGAUAUUGAAAUUCCAAAGCUUUAAUUGUCAAGGAAAAUCCGAGAAAUUUUUCCCCGUUUCCAAAAUCUGAAUAAUGUACUCUGGAGGUCAGGCGUUUAGCUGUACCGUCUGUGAUCAAUGGAUAGUUAUACUGACCACGGAACACGACUGACAGGGAACAGCUACCGACCAGGGAACAGCUACUGACAGGGAACAGCUGCCGACCAGGGAACAGCUACUGACAGGGAACAGCUGCCGACCAGGGAACAGCUACUGACAGGGAACAGCUACCGACCAGGGAACAGCUACUGACAGGGAACAGCUAUUGAGCAAUGAACUAGGGAACAGCUAGCUACUGACCAAGCAACGGCUAACUACUGACCAGGGAACAGUUACUGACCAGGGAACAGCUAACUACUGACCAGGAAACAGCCAGUGACCAGGGAACAGUUACUGACUAGGGAACAGCUAACUACUGAUUAGGGAACAACUAGCUACUGACUAGGGAACAGCUAGCUACUGACUAGGGAACAGCUAGCUACUGAUUAGGGAACAGCUAGCUACUGACCAGGGAACAGCUACUGACCAGGGAACAGCUACUGACCAGGGAACACGACACAGAGACAGAACAGCACACACCAAUCGUUAUAUCAUAUACAUUAACAUAUCUCUCACAAGACGAGAAGAAUCAGGAGGUUAAUCCAUCACCGGACACAAAAAAUAAAUAAAUAAAACAAGAAUAAUGAAGAUCUUAUCGUUAGUGGAAUUAUACGAACUAUAAUAGACGUAAACGAAAAAUAAAUAAACCGAGUCAUUACUGGGAGAAAUAAGAACCUGUGAAAUAUUGAACGACAGGGAGAGAAAAGACACACUGUCGCCACUGGAAAAAAAAAAGAACGUCACAUAUCAUGAAAUCAAUAAAUGAAACGAAACAAAAGAGCAUCAUGUCAAAUAAAAAUCAAUAAAUGAAACAAAACGAAACAUAAGAACAUCAGUAUCAGGAUAUCAAUAAACGAAACAAAAUAAAAGAACAUCACGUCAAUAAAUGAAACAAAACAAAAGAACAUCACGUCAAUAAAUGAAAC